GGGGGUUGGUCCGGGAGAGCAUGGCAGCGGGAGCCACACGGCGCUGCUUUUACUUGCUUCGCACCGCUUCUGGCGCGCUCUCGGUUACGUGGCAGAGCGGCUCGUCGGGGGACAUUUAACCUGAAGACCGCGCGCGUUUACACGAGAGCUUUGUUAUCUCGUGCUGUUGCUCUCGGUCGCUUGGAUAGGAGAGAUCGGACAGCUGCGGAUUCAGCCGGAGCUCAAGCUGCUGCUUUGAGUGGUUGUCGCUGGAUCCACGGGGAGCCAGAGGAGAGGUCCCGAGCUGGCGAGAGCGGCGACACGGGGACUGGGUGUCUGCGCUUUUUCUUUUUAAAACCUCUGCGCUACCAGGAACACUUUCCCGCUGCUUCUUUUAUUCUAAAAGACACGCACACACACAUAUAUAUAAUUCUUCUGUACUGCGUAGAUUGCGCAGGGCUGCCUCCUGUUUUGAACUGUUUCACUGUGAGUUGGAGAAACUGUUCGCUGCGCGGUGCGGAGUUGAGCCGUGGAUGAAACGGUGAUUUUGUGGCGUCUCUUGAUUUAAAGUAGAUCCGAUCGAGGAAAUGAUCUGACUGCUAAAACCCCAAGUUGCUGCUUUAAAUGAAGAAGACGGCGUUUAAGCUCCAGAUACAGAAGAAUAGAGCUCCAUCUUUAAGGAAAUAAAAGUGGACUGUCAUUCACACAGGCACAACCAGCACACAUCAGAGCUUUUAAACCUGAUUCAAGAAGGACUUUCGCCAAUUUUCAGUUCAUCGGAGUUCCACAGCAAUUAUGCCGCAGGUGGACAUGAUCCUCUUCCUCAUCCUCAUCAUUGGGAUGUGCGUGUACGGCCAGGACCCUGCUUCCAAGGUGGUGUCCGACCGCUACGCCGUCUUCUGGAACAGAACCAACCCCAAAUUCUACCGGGGUGACUACCACAUCGACGUCUGCAUCAAUGACUACCUUGACAUCUACUGUCCGCACUACAUCGGCCCAGUUGCUGAUGAUCGAGCAGAGCGCUACGUCCUCUACAUGGUGAACUACGACGGCUACAGCUCUUGCGACCACAACUCCAAGGGCUUCAAGCGUUGGGAGUGCAACAGGCCUCUGUCGCCAAACGGACCGCUCAAGUUCUCAGAGAAAUUCCAGCUCUUUACGCCCUUCUCCUUAGGCUUUGAGUUUCGCCCUGGCAGAGAGUAUUAUUAUAUCUCCUCCAUCUCUGACGACAGAGGAAGAAGGAGCUGCCUUCGACUCAAAGUCUUCGUCAGGCCUCAGAACAAUUGUGUGAAAAACUCUGGGACCGUGGAAGAAGGAGUCAAUUUUGAUGAUAAUAGUCACAACUCCCUAGAACCUGGAGAUGGCGUCAGUCACGAGUCACCAGAGCCAGCAAGAAGGGAUGUGAACUCCGCUGGACGGUGCCAGACUUCAGUUCUCCUGCUCAGCUCCACCCUCAUACUCCUGGCUGUCAUCUUGUCUUUAUAGCAGCGAGAUGUAGAAAUCAGGGAUGGACUGUCCUAACUGGAGCACAGGCCGCUCUACCCUGCAACCUCUCCCCUCAAGGAGCACUUUUAAAAGAAAAAAUGAAAUAAAUAAAAAAAAUUAAAACAAAUCACUGACAAUCUCUCGUUACAAAGAGAGAGGAAGGGACUUCGGUGCUGAAGCCUUUGAUGUUUUUUGACUUUGUAAAAUGCCAACUAGUUUGAUUUUUGACUUUCUGGCGAGUGCCGAUGGUCGUGGCGCCCCAAGGUGAAAGCGUCUUUUACCUAUUCGCCUCUCUACCAUUUAAAGUAUGCAGAUAUUACACCUUUUUUUUGCAUUUAAAACAAGCACAGAAACAUGCUUUUAAACAUAUAAACACACAGGACACAAUGUCUACACAAUCAGUACACUUUUUAACGCGAAUGGCAAAGAAGCACAGCAGGACCCCUCUGAAGUUUACAGAUGAACUCUGUUUUUUGUUUUGUUUUUUACAUUACAUAACCUCCAACAUGUAACAUGAUUAAAUCUCACUUCAACGUGGAAGAAGAUCCUGGAGCGGCACAUCGGCAAAAAGGAAAACAAAGAAAGAUGCUAUUUGUUGGAGACUGUUGGUACAGGCGUGGAGGUACGGGGCGGGCCUUUGAUGGAUUAACCUCUCUCUCAGGUUAAAAAGGAUGCAUUGUCUCAGACUGUGGAGGACCCUUUAUGAGAGAUUUAAAAAAAGGAAAAAGUUAAAGAAGCACUCAUCUUUUAGUGUUUGGAUAGGAGGCAAUUUUAAUGGUUGAUUAAUGUAUGUGUUUGUUUUAUUUUUUAAUAAUUCACAUAACUCAAUUGUAGCAGCCAACACGGGUGUACAGUAAAAUAUUUGAAUGGCGCGUAGACAACGAUACGGUUUUUUGCCUGGCGAAAUGUAUUUUCCUAUUUAUUGUGAAGUCCUUGUGCUUUUUUCUGUUCUGGUUCAGUCUGUAAGUACAGUAGAAAGGCAAUAAAAAACAAACACCCUUACCCGUUAAGUUAGUUUAUAUUACCCACAGUUUAUUUGAUACCAUUAAACAAAAAAACAAAAAAAACAACCACACAGUUUUACGUAUCUGUUUGGACUGCUCGCUGAUGAUGGUUUUUAAUUGUUUUUAACAAAGUCCGGGAAGAAGAGGGAAAAAAAAAGUCUGAUGUGCUAUCAGGGUGUAGAAAUCGUAGAAUAUUUGUGUUUGAAAUGUCAUUAAAUGAAUGUCACAAAUGUAGUUUUACUGUUACACUAUUGUUUUUGUGAAUCACUGUCAUAACACAAACUAUUGUAAAUAGAAGGCAAAGUUCCUACAAAGUUCAGGGAUGUGUCCAUGCCUAACAUGAGGUCCAUUUUUUCUUUGUUUCUAAAUCAGGGAGAAUUCUCUUCCCUAAAAUAAAGUAGAAAUUUUAUGUGGCGAAAAAAGUUUCAGUGAGAUGGUGGGCGAAUUACAAAGCAGGUGGAAGAAGUGUGCGUAGGAUGGUCGGGACUGUGAUUCAUUUACCCUCUUUGAUGUCGUGUAAAGUGGCGUCUGUACAGAAAAUACACCGGGGGCACCCUCGUACCAGUUAUUUCUGGAAUGAAAAAAUCGACCACCAGGGGAGAUGGAAUAAACACGAGGUGGUGUCCUGUUCUCUUUGGGCAAACUGAAACUGACCUGAGAGAAGGGGGGAAAGAGACGAAGAGGGCAAGAUGUGAAGAACUGUAGUGCCCCUGCUGAGAUCAAUAAUGCUCUUCUAUUUUCUCCUCAUGUGGCAGGAACAUGUGGUAAACGGAUCCUACUGUCACAUUCACUCAGCGCCAAAUAACACAGCCUUGCUAAUGUCACUGCUAAAGAACAACACCUGUACUGCCUGCUUGCUGGAAGCACGGGAGUGUUAGGGCCACUUUGGGUUAAAAUAAACCAAGUUAGGGAAAGAAACUGAAGCUUUGGUAAGAAAAGAUAGUAAUUACGUAGCAUAUUUUUUAGGUUCAAAGAUGCAAAUAAAAGAGAUGCAAAUAUUUUAUUUGACUGGCUCCUGUGCUAAAUAUACAUCUAGAUCAGGGGUGGGCCCCUGGCCCAUUCUGGCCCGUGGCAAAGGAAACUAAAUGGAAGGUUAAGUGUAUUUUUACAUGUUUUACAGCUUUUUCUAUUGAUAAAGACCCCCCCCCCUCUCCCACAUACACACACACACUCACACUAUAACAUACAACAAUAGACAAAAUAUAAAUGACAGAAAAGUUCCUGUUUUCCACAAACUACUUUAAAAUUUUCAUUUUUUGUCCAGUCCACAGUAAAAGGAAAAAAAAGACAUUUUCUAUUAAUUAACAAAAACCUUUUCAAUAAUUUUACACAUAUAAUGUAGUUUCACUGGUCCCCCCCACUUGAGUUGCCCUGGCUUAGAGAUAGACUGCCCAGAUUUAUCUUGAAUAUAAUGGAACUCAACUAUGUUAUCCUCAAAAGGCGUCAAAAAUAUACAUUUAAAAAACUUGGCAGAAAUUCUUUGCAAACCUUCUUUUGAGCAGCAACUAUUUUUUCAAAUUACAACAGCCAGUUAAAGAAUGCAUGCAGUUAGCUAACAUCAGAUUCAUCUGAGGCAGGUAUGCCAUGUCACGAGCACGUAAUAAGAUGUCACUUGCUUGCUAGGUGGUGUUUGUAGAAAGAAAAUACUUCUUGCAUAAAGUUUUUAUUAAAUAACCAGAAAGAGAUACCUCUGGAGGUUUUCAAACAUAUACUUUUGGGACUUUUGUUUUAGUUCUGUUAUAAAUAUGUGUAUCACUAAUAUGUUGAAAAAGUUGGGCGACUGGGGUAAUGAUUUCAGUCUACAAGCAUAAGUAGUGUAAGUAGUUAAAUCUGGCCCUAACACUCCAUUAUAGUGCAGGACACCUGUGGCAUAUAGAAGAAAAACAACAGUGUGUAACUUGUUGCAUAGUUUAUAAGUUGCUCCCUUAAAUACCGAAGACAAGACCAAAAAAAAUUAAUAGCUUUGAGUUUUCAAUUUGAUCCUCUGUUCCUGGCAGAUACAAGGACCACUCUUUCAGAAUGGCUGGUAAACUGAAGCUGAUGUUUAAAACUGGUGGAGUGUCCCUUUAAAUUAUAACUUAUUUAAUUUAUAAUUACUUCUGUGCACGACUUCUGUGCUAAGACAACCAUAUUAGGGUUAUCCACCCUCUAUGAUAUCAUACAGAACCAAAAGAGGAAAAACUCAUCUGAAACAGUGUUUAGAGCAAUCUGAAGCCUGAGCUUUGGCCUCACGUGGAUUACUUGUACAUACUUAUGUCAUUAUUUGAAUCUUUAGCCAUGCUUAACAUGAGCACCCAACAUUGUAAUAGUUUAUAUGCAUGACAGAAAUGAAGAAAAAGCAUAUUAGGUCUUAUUAAAAACUAAGCUAAGAACUUGAGACAGACAAGAAUAGAGUAUAAAAGCAUUAUUUUCAGGAGAUUCAGGAAAUUAAUAGUUUGAGGUGAAAGGUUAUUAAUAUAGCGGCACAACAAGUACGCUGCGCGUCUGAAUUAGUUAACAGAUUUCUUUUCUGUCAUUUUCUUCAAGAGCUUAGUAAGAUUUAAAUAACAUUUUCCUCCUUGGUCACAGCUUGGCCACUUGCCUCUCCAUGAACAUCAGUCCUGUUUUUUAAAGCCUGGCCAACAUUAAAAGUCCACUAUCAUUGAAAUUAUCGCCUCCUGCCACACCAUGUUGAGAAACCCCCCCCGAAACAAUCUGUUUGUUUUGUGGAUACUGUGUAUCCAACAGUUAACGUGUUAUAACACACAGUGUUAGAUACUUCUUUUUUCUCGUCCCACACCUCUUUUAAAGGGCGAUUUACCUGACAUAUUAACGUUCUUUGGGAAGAAAAAUGUUUGAUACAAAAAAAUGCAAACUUUCAUUUUAUAUGUCUUUUAUAUGAAGCAAGAAAAACAAACAAGGAUCAUCAUUGCACCCACUAUCUGUAAAAUAUGUUUGUGCAAAUGUGGCACAUAUCGAACAUGCAGUACGGUUACAAUCAUGACUCAAAUGGCCUGACAAGAGUACAAAUGGAUGUCCAAGAGCUCGAAGAAUUUGUGUUUCCUUUUGUUUUCUUAAACCACUCUUGUUUUUGUUUUUUGUUUUAAAUUGUUGCAUCCAAAGUGUCUUUAAAGGUCCAGGAUGUUCUUUAUUUCCGUUUGCUUAUCUACACCUCCAGCUGUUUCUGACAUGUAACAACAAUAAUCAGUGUAAAAGCUCAAUGUGUUAGUGGCAGAAGAAGACAGUCCCACUCAAAUGCUGAUGUUUCGUGUGUUUUUGAGCAAACUGUGCUGCGAGGAGGGCGGGUAACAUGCUCUAACCUGAUUUUGUUAUAAUGUAGCUUCAAGCUAACACCACUGUUUCUGUUUGCAGCAUCUGUUUCCCAUCCUCUGUAUCUGAAAUACAGAUGUGCUUUUUUUCUUCUGUUGGUCCAUCUAGCAGUGGGAAGCUUUUUGUUAGCCACAACUGUGUUUUCCCCUCCCCCAAGUAGACGUGGAUGUGCCACCAAACUGCACAUUUCUUUAAAACAUUGUAGUAACUGUACCUUGUGCCUAUACAAGUCCCAUCCUCUCCUGUACUCAUCUAAACUAUUCUAAUGUCUGUUUCCUGCUCAGUCCUUCACUAGAUUUUUCUACAAAACUACAAAAAAAAGCAAUUUCUUUGUAAAUACACGUGUUGGAGCAGCUAUGACUAACUAAAACAAAAAAGAUUUAAUAAAUAUUUCUUUGUCGUUGUAA